AUGGUCAUUGGAAGCAUAUUUGGUAUAGCUAAUGGAGCUUCUAUGCCGUUAAUGAUGUUAAUCUUCGGCGACCUGACAGAUUCUUUUAUCUCAUUUACCCAAUCCGGACCUGCUGCAAUUAAUAUAUCAGCAAUCUCAGGAUGUAGCAAUGUUUCGUUAGUAAAUACUGCAACAAAUACUAGUAUUACCGCUGUAAACACUUCCAUUGCGUCACAAGGCUUAGAAGAUAGUGUCCAUCGUUUCAUGAUAUAUUUCAUAAUCUUGGCCUGUGCUGUAUUAGUUGUGUCCUACCUACAGAUAUCAUCGUGGGUAAUAGUUAGCGAGAGGCAAACCUACCAGAUUAGAGUCAACUUCUUUAAGUCUAUUAUGCGACAAGAUAUUGGCUGGUUCGAUACACAUAAGAGCGGAGAACUUAUCACUCGUUUAUCAGAUGACAUCAACAAAAUUCAUGACGGUAUUGGGGAUAAAGCUGCAAUUUACUGCCAAUGGAUGGCUGCGUGUAUUGCCGGUUUUACUAUGGGAUUUGUUCGAGGAUGGAAAUUAACGUUGGUAAUCAUAGCGAUAAGUCCGUUAUUAGCUAUUGUAGCUGCCUUCAUGUCAAAGCUUGGAUCUGCAUUCACUAAUAAAGAAUUGGAAGCAUAUUCAAAAGCUGGCGGAGUAGCAGAAGAAAUACUUUCGUCAGUUAGAACUGUAGUUUCUUUCGGAGGAGAGAAAAAGGCCUGCGAGCGUUAUGACGGUCAACUAGAUCAUGCAUUACGCGUUGGUAUUAAGAAAGCAUUUGUUACAGGCACCGGUAUUGCACUUACGUUUCUCGUAAUGUUUGGAUCGUAUGCUCUAGCAUUUUGGUACGGCUCUACUUUAAUUGCAGCUGGAGAAAUGUCUGGCGGAACAAUUCUUACGGUAUUCUUUUCAGUGAUGAUUGGUGCAAUGUCACUAGGCAACGCUGCACCUUGUGUAGAANAUUUCGCUAACGCUAAAGGAGCUGGAGCUGUCGUUUUCGAAAUUAUCGAUACUAUACCACCUAUCGAUGCAUCUUCUGACGAAGGUGAAAAACCAUCUAAUGUCACUGGCGAUAUUCAACUUCGAAAUAUUAAUUUCACAUAUCCAGCCAGGAAAGAUGUUCAGGUUUUGAAAAACUUUAAUCUUAACAUCAAACAUGGUCAAACAUUAGCAUUAGUAGGAGGUAGUGGUUGCGGUAAGAGCACUGUAGUACAGUUAAUUCAAAGAUUCUACGAUCCACAGGACGGUUGUGUUGAAAUCGAUGGUUGUAACAUCAAAACUUUAAAUGUCAGUUGGCUUCGACAGAAUAUCGGAAUUGUUAGUCAAGAGCCUUGCUUGUUUGCUACUACCAUCAAAGAAAAUAUACGUAACGGUAACGAAAGCGCUUCCGACGAAGAUAUUACCAAAGCUGCUCAAAAUGCUAAUGCUUAUGAUUUUAUUAAGGCUUUACCAAAGGGUUUUGAUACAAUGGUCGGUGAACGUGGGGCUCAACUUAGUGGAGGACAAAAGCAACGUAUUGCUAUCGCUCGCGCGUUGGUUAAAAAUCCCAAAAUUUUACUAUUAGAUGAAGCAACUUCAGCACUAGAUAAUGAAAGCGAAGCCAUAGUACAAGCAGCUCUGGAUAAGGCACGCGAAGGUCGCACAACGAUAGUGAUUGCUCAUCGCUUAUCAACCGUAAGAAAUGCAAACGUACUCGCUGCGUUACAAGAUGGCGCUGUCGCGGAACUCGGUACUCAUGAUGAAUUAAUGGAUGUAAAAGGAAUCUAUUACGAACUUGUAACAAAUCAAACUUUCGGAAAAUCGGACGAUAACGAAGAUGAAGAAGAAAUCGCACAAAUCGACGAGAUCGCAGAUUUGAAAAACGCUUCGUUCAGAGCAGGAUCUCCUAAGGUUUUAGAUAAUUCAAAGAGAGGAAGACAAUCAUCCGUAUCAAAGCAAUUAUCAAGACAAUUUUCCUCCAAAAGCGCUAGUUCAGACGUGCAAAAAGAAGAAGAAGAAGAAAAAGAAGAUUUAUCUCCAGUAUCGUUCUUAAAGAUCAUGAGACUAAACAAAGAUGAAUUAGGUUAUAUCUUUAUUGGUACUCUCGGAGCCAUUGGACAAGGAUCUGUUAUGCCUGUAUUUGCUAUACUUUUUAGUGAAAUUAUCGCUGUAUUCGCCGAAUGUGAUCCUGUAAAACGAGAAAGCGAUGCAACAUUUUGGAGUUUAAUGUUUUUAGUAUUAGGGUCUGUCUCUGGAGUAGCAGUAUUUUUACAAACGCUUAUGUACGGAAUUUCAGGAGAAUAUAUGACAAAAAGAUUAAGAUCACAAACAUUUAGGGCAAUCCUAAAACAAGAAAUCGGAUGGUUUGAUGAACAGUCACACACUACCGGGGCUUUAUGUAAUCGUUUAGCUACUGAUGCUUCGGAAGUUAAAGGAGCUACAGGAACUCGUUUAGGCGCUGUCAUACAAUCUAUGGUAUCUAUGGUAGCUGCCUUAGUAAUAGCGUUUGUGUACGGCUGGAAACUCGCUCUAGUAAUUCUUGGUUGUAUACCUUUCAUGGCUGUUUCUGGUGCAGUUCAAACCCAAAUCUUUUCUGGAGGCGCAAAAAAGAACAAAGAUGCUGCCGAUAAAGCUGCUGAGGUAUCUACUGAAGCAUUGGAAAAUAUUCGUACUGUUGAAUCGCUAAAUUUGGAAAACAAAAUUAUUUCCCAGUAUUCUAAUGAAUUAAAAUUAAUGUUAAGGAAAUCGUUAAUUCAAGCACAUAUUUACGGUCUUGCGUACGGAUUCUCUCAAGCUAUUAUUUUCUUCACUUACGCUGGUGCUUUCCGUUUUGGAGCUUAUCUAGUUGCUAAUAAUGAAAUGACCUUUGUCGAUAUGUUCAAAGUAUUCUCUGCUAUUGUCUUUGGUGCAUUUACACUUGGUGAGACAAGUACCUUUGUUCCAAACUAUGCGAAAGCAAAACAGUCAGCAGCUAGGCUCUUUGCUAUUCUCGAACGUGAAUCAAAGAUCAAUGUCGAAAAUGAAGGUGGAGAACGAACGAAUGAGAACGAUACUACCAUUAAAUUUGAGAAUGUUAACUUUAAUUAUCCUACACGUCCAACGAUACCUGUACUAGAUGGAAUUACGUUUAAAGUAAAACCUGGCCAGACUAUUGCUCUUGUCGGUACUAGCGGUUGUGGUAAAAGUACAUCGGUUGCUUUAUUGGAACGAUUCUACGAUACAGCUUCUGGCAGUGUUACCGUCGGUGGAAAAGAAAUUAGGAAUAUCAAUAUAAAAUGGCUUAGAUCAUUAAUGGGUAUUGUACAGCAGGAACCUAUCUUAUUUAACACAACGAUUGCAGAGAAUAUUUCUUACGGAGAUAAUUCCAGAACCCUAACUCGAGACGACAUUAUAGCUGCUGCAAAAUCUGCUAAUAUCCAUGAUUUUAUUCAGGGUCUGCCUGAGAGGUACGAAACUUUAGUAGGUGAAAAAGGUACACAGAUGUCAGGUGGUCAAAAACAGCGUAUUGCUAUAGCUCGUGCUCUUGUUAGGAAGCCGCGUAUUCUUCUGUUAGACGAAGCCACAUCUGCAUUAGAUACUGAAAGUGAAAAGAUAGUACAAGCAGCUUUAGAUAAAGCUCGAAAAGGGCGUACUUGUAUCGUCAUAGCUCAUCGGUUAUCUACCAUUCGAAACGCUGAUGGUAUAGCCGUAUUUCAAAAAGGGAAGAUUAUAGAAUUCGGUACACAUGAUGAAUUAAUCGCAAAAGAAGGCGUUUACUUUAAAUUACAGAACACUCAAGUGUAA